GCAUGCGCAUUCUAGGAAGUUUGGCCCCAGAAGACUGGAAAACAACCGUAGGGUUCGUGAGCGUUGAUUGGCUGAAGCGAAAAGCGUGGGCUGACUGGCUCGGUAUUUCGCGGGAAGGAGUUUGUGGCGCCAGAAAAAAAGUGGAUGCGAGGGAGUCGCGGCGACGGGAUCCUGAAGUGUUCUGCGAACCUCCCCCAACGGGACCUUCUGUCCUUCCUUUCCCGACGCAGUCGCGACGAAGAUGUGGAAUAGUGGCUUUGAAAGCUACGGCAGCUCCACCUACGGGGGAGGCGUCAGCUACACUCAGUCCCCGGGCGGCUUCGGAUCGCCGACACCGUCGCAGGCCGAGAAGAAAUCAGACACCGGUGGAGAAAAUACUGUGGUCCCUCCAGAAACGUAUGUGAAGGUGGCUGGCCAUCUGAGAUCCUUUCAGAACAAAAAGAGCCUGGUAGCCUUUAAGAUCAUGCCGCUGGAGGAUAUGAAUGAGUUCACCACGCAUAUCCUGGAAGUGGUCAAUGCACACAUGAUGCUGAGCAAACCCAUCACCCAGCCCUCAACAGGGAGAGCAUCUAUCAGCAAUCCAGGAAUGGGUGAAAUGGGAAACUUCGGUGGGAACAGCCUGAUGCCAGCCAAUGGCCUCACCGUGACCCAAAACCAGGUGCUGAAUUUGAUUAAGGCUUGUCCAAGGCCUGAAGGAUUGAACUUUCAGGAUCUCAAAAACCAGCUGCACCACAUGCCUAUAGCCACGAUCAAGCAAGCCGUGGAUUUUCUUAGCAACGAGGGCCAUAUCUAUUCUACAGUGGAUGAUGACCACUUUAAAUCGACAGAUGCGGAGUAACAGUCUCGGUACCUGAAGUGUUUCCGGCUGGACCUGUCUGCACAGUCCGUGGCUUCUGCUGUGCAUGAUUGGCCAGGUGACUUCUAAGAAGGAAUUUCCCUCCAGAACAGACCUUAGUUGACAUCCCUUUGCAACGCACUGCUCUUCUGGGUUUUGUGUGUGUGUGUGUGUGUGUUUUGAAGCUGAAAGGAAGAUGAGCAAAUUGACAGAGAUGUAAACCAGGGUGGAAUUUCUUAGAGAAGUUCCAGGUGACCUCUUAGGACAUCCGGCUAGAUGAGACUGGAAGAAAGCUGCUACCCCAAGAGUUGGGCCGUAGCACUCCGAAACUUCUGUUCUUUAAAAAAAAAAAAAUGCUUCCUGUUGAGAAGAGAUAAGCAGGACUAUGGUUUGUGGGCACAGUGCCAACCAAGGGCCCCACUGCCUCUGCCUGGUUUUGUGUCCCGCUCUGGUUCUGUGGUAUAACUUUCAGAACUGUGCUUCUCUCUUUCUCCUUGUCUUGCCUAUCGCGGAAAGCAGGAUUAUGUGAAUGUGAGUCUGUGGGAUGCUGGCCUCACGGGGCAGGAGGGAAGAAGUGUUACUGUGUUUUGUACAAAAUAAAUAAUCCAUAUUUUAAUAAAACAUUUGUU